AUUGGCCAAGUGUGAUUGGACACACAAGGAAUUUGUCUUUGGUGCUUAAGCUCUCAGUGUAGAUAAAAAGACAAGAUACAUUCCUCAAGAAUCAUCAGGUACAACACUUAAUGAUAGUCAUAGGGAAGUGGUCAAUAUUUAUUUUAUUUUAUUUAUUUUAUUAAAUUUAAUAAAUUUAGAUUUAAUAUAAAUCUAAAUCAACAAGGGAUGGGGGGGGGAUUUUCAGCUGGAUCUUCCAAAUUUUGCCAGGUUGGUGAUGUAUAAAGGGGCGAUUUUGCGACUUUCACCCCCUCCCUGCGGCGCUCCCAGCCCAAAAGGUGCCAAUGGGCGAAGGUCCCGUCCUGUCCGCCCAACCAGCCCUUGGCCCCCCCCACCCGCUGGGCGCCGUUGCCCCUUUAAGAGAAGCUUCCUUGUAUCACUUUCUCCUCCCUUUGCUUCCUCCCAACGUUCCAUCCCUUUGAUCCCGGCGCGUUCCAUUCUCGGCGAACGGGGAUGCGGCGCUGGUGGUGCAACCUGGCGCCCGCGGCGGCCUCGCUGGCCCUCGGGCUGGGCUUGGGCGCCGCUUGGGCCGGUGGGCAGAGCCGGGAAGGGGCGUCCGCGGAGGGGCUGCUGGCGCGGCUGCCCGUCGUGCCGGUGGCGGCGGCCUCCUCCUUGGAGGUGAGCCGGGGCGGCAGCGGCGAGCUGGCCAAGUACGGCUUGCCGGGGCUGUCUCAGCUGCGGAGCCGCGACUCCUACGUGCUGUGCUACGACCCGCGAGCCCGGAGCGCCCUCUGGGUGGUGGAGCGGCUGGACGCGGCGGCCCUUCGCGGCUCCUCCGAGCGGGCCGCCUGCGACUUCCGCGAGGACGACUCCAUCCACCCCUAUCACCGCGCCAGCAACGCGGAUUACCGGGGCAGCGGCUUCGACCGAGGCCACCUGGCCGCCGCCGCCAACCACAAGUGGAGCCAGAAAGCCAUGGGGGACACCUUCUACCUGAGCAACAUCGCCCCGCAGAAUCCUCAUUUAAAUCAAAACGCCUGGAAUAACUUGGAAAAAUAUUCUCGGAGUUUAACGAAGACUCACCAGAACGUUUAUGUCUGCACCGGCCCGCUUUUCCUACCCAGGAUGGAGCCAGAUGGGAAGAUGUACGUGAAGUAUCAAGUCAUCGGCCGAAACCACGUGGCCGUCCCCACCCACUUCUUCAAGGUACUGAUCUUAGAAAAACCCCGGGGGGAAGUGGAGCUGCAGUCCUACGUCAUGCCCAACGCACCCAUAGAUGAGAACGUCCCCCUGGAACGCUUCCUGGUCCCCAUCGAGAGCAUCGAGAGGUCCUCGGGCCUCCUCUUCGUCCCCAACAUCAUGAAAAAGACCACCAGGUUGAAAGCAAUCACGGCUGGGAGCUCGGCCUGAUGACCACUGCAGAGACGGACUCCCCUCCCCCACCCCCGUGAGUGGCGUCUGAAUAGAGGUAGUCCUCGCCUUGCGACCACAAUUGAGCCCGAAAAAUCUCUGUUGCUAAGCAAGACAGUUGUCGAGGGCGUUUGGCCCCCACUUUACGACGUUUCCUGCCCUCGUUUUCCAGUGAAUCGUUGCAAUUGUUAAGUCCCAUGAUGGAGAACCUAUGAAACGUGUGCCAGAGGUGGCACGCAGAGCCCUCUCUCUUCUGGUUUCUGGCAUGCCGGCCAGCUGGGCUUCACGGGUGCCAGAGUGCCAGAAAAUGGCCUGAAAAACUGAUGAAAAAGUGGCUGAAAAACGGCUGAAAAAAAGGCCGAAAAAUGGCUGUAAAAGAGGCCAAAAAACGGCUGAAAAAGAGGCCAAAAAGCGGCUGAAAAACAGGCCGAAAAAUGGCUCAAAAACAGGCCGUUUUUGGCCUGAAAACAGUCAAAAAACGGCCACAAAACAGGCAUGUGCACACCAGUCAGCUGGUAUUCAGGUUUCCAGUGCUCGCGCAACUGCAGACACAUGCACGCAUAUUCCAGUUUGGGAACUUGGUGCCGAAAAGGUUUGCCAUCACUGAUUUAAAUCAGUCACAGGGUUGUUAAUCUGGCCUCCCCGGGGAUUUUGCUUGUCAAGAGGUCGCAAGAGGGGAAUCACCUAACUCUGCGACCGUCAUUAUUAUUAUUAUUUAUUAGAUUUUUAUCCCGCCCUUCUCCUUUUGGACUCAGGGCGGUGAACAGCCAAAUAAAAACAUUUGUACACAAAAGUUAAAAUAAUUUUAAAAAUAAUUAAAUGAAAUUUGGCCCAUAAUUUAAAACAUUUCAAUUAAAAAUCAGUAUCAAACUUUAAAACCAACAUAGAAUGACAUAUGACAUAUUUAUGACAUAGAAUCAGUCAUAAAUGUGAAUCAGCUGCCAAGCCUCUGGAAUUUUGAUCACGCAACCAUGGGGAUGCCGCAACGGUCGUUAAGUGUGAAAAACGGUCAUUGAGGGAAGAGCGUCUAGUUUCUUUUAGAAACGCUAAGAAAAUUUAUUUUUUAGGAUUUCUCCAGUUCCAGGGAAAUUUUCGGGGGAGAGGGGGAGAUCAGCAAGGUAGACGGGUGCUUGCCUCAUCUCAGGGAAAACAAUGCUGUCCUUUGCCCAAAACUCAGGUUGAGGGUUGUAUUUUGAAGCAGGGAGAAAUAAAUGGAUACCUCCGGAUCUGUUUUGCACAAUAAAACAAGACGAAUUGCUCGGA